CACGCGUAACUCGAGACGCAAACUACUACCGUCAUCAUCAUCGCUGUGAAUCGUCCCCCUUGCGCCCGCUUUGCCAACCCCUCCACGCUAGGCAGCGGCGUGGCAUCGAGCCGCUCCUGGCCAUGCCCAUCCUACAGGGGAUCGCUGCAGCCUCCUCUCCACCUCAGCACGCACAGUACAGCGGCGGCGGCGGCGGCGCCGGCGCAGGACCAAGCGCAUUCAACAAUGGCUCGCAGCAUCACAUCUACCAGGCCCAGCUUCAGCAGCAGAGACCGCAACAGCAUCAGCAGCAGCAACAUCAAUAUCAGCAACAGCAGCCAUCCUAUGCCCAAGCAGGCCCAUCUUCGCAGCCAGCCGCGUCAACGCUGACGGCGCCCACCACCGCAGCAUCCCUGAUGCGAGAGGGCCCCCGCGACUUUACUGUCAUCAAGGCAGUCGGAGAUGGGUCCUUCGGCACAGUUUGCUUGGCGGAUUGGAAAAGCCCAUUGCCCAGCGGCACGAUGCUGAGUCCGAUGCAGCACCCAACGACGAGGCCAGAGUACGUUGGCAAGAGGCUGGUGGCGAUCAAGAGGAUGAAGAAGCCAUUCAAAUCGUGGAACGACUGCAUGAGGUUGAAGGAGCUCAAGUCGCUCCUCGAUAUCCCUCAUCACCCCAACAUCAUCCCACUCUACGACGCCUUCCUCGACCCGACGUCGAAAGAGCUCCACUUCGUGUUCGAAUGCAUGGAGGGCAACCUCUAUCAGCUGACCAAGUCCCGAAAAGGACGUCCAUUGGCAGGAGGUCUCGUCGCCUCCGUCUUCAAGCAGAUCAUUCAAGGUCUUCACCACAUUCACAGCCAUGGCUACUUCCAUCGCGACAUGAAGCCAGAGAACCUCCUAAUCACUACGACGGGGCUCGACGACUACCCAGCCAGCAAGCUAGGCGCACCGCCCGAGCGAGACGUCAUCGUGAUCGUCAAGCUCGCCGACUUUGGACUAGCAAGGGAGACAGCCUCUGUCCCUCCGUACACCGAGUACGUCUCCACGAGGUGGUACCGAGCGCCAGAGGUGCUGCUGCGCUCGCGCGACUAUUCCAACCCGGUCGACAUGUGGGCGCUGGGCACGAUUCUAGCUGAGCUAGUCAAUCUCAAGCCACUCUUCCCCGGCGAGAGCGAAGUCGAUCAGGUGACGCAAAUCUGCGAGGUCCUUGGCGAUCCUACGGCCGACUACGGUCUUGACUCCAGGGGCAGGGUCAGAGGAGGUGGGCCAUGGGAGAGGGGGAUCAGGAUGGCAGCGAGUGUAGGCUUCCAGUGGCCGCGGACACCACCAAUCAAGUUUGCGAGCCUUUUCAGCUCGCGCGUUCCCAUGGAGCUCAUUCAAUGCAUUGAAGACCUCCUCAGAUACGAUCCAACACGCCGCGCAACCACAGCAGACUGCAUCGAGCACCCCUACUUCUCGCAAAUUGCACCGCGCCUCCUGCCUAUCAAGGGUCGAGCACCGCAGCAGCCAGCUCGAGUACCUGCGCCGCUCGGCGUCGACCCUACGGCAGCUCGUCAGGGCCUGCCUCCUUCGCACUCUCACAUGGCUGCCAGCGCUAGGCCAGCCUUUGGCGAGGCGCCCCAGCAGCAGCAGCAGCAGCAGCAGCAGCAGCAGCAGCAGCAACGUAUUCCCUUCUACCGCCCUCCGCCGCAAAACGUCGAGGACUCGCUGCCGAUCUACCGCGGUGGUGCCGCUGAACAGCAGUAUCCGAGCGUUCCCGAGUCGGUCUCCAUGAACUCGAUGAAUAGCCAGCAGAGCAGCGGCAUCCCCCAGCGUAACGACAUCGGAGAGUUUGCUGCUGGCGUUGGUGCCGCCGCUCCCUCCAACGGUGCAUGGCUCUCCCCUCCCGCCCAGGGCUCUCGCAAUCCUUCAUUCUCUCUCACGCGUCCCACGCAGCAACAACUUGGCGUCGCAGCAUACAGCGACGGCUACUCGCGGACCUCGUUCGAGACUGCAUCUCCAGCAGCAGCAUCUUCCGCAGCGCCCACUUCGUCAGAUCCCAAGAAGGCAAAGAAAGAAGCGGACAAGGCUGCGAAGCAGGCAGAGAAGGCAAAGCGUCUAGCGCAAGAGAAGGCGGCGAGGGAUCGAGCGCGUGCCGUCAUGCAGAAGCGCAACCAGAUCUUAGCCUCGAGUACCGUCAAGGAGCAAGUGGAGUGGCUGUCGAGCUCGUCACCGCCUGGCAGGCAGAGCGACAAGUCGAGGGGUAAGCAGUCGACAAGUAAUGCUUCAUCGCAAAGCUCUCAGCCAUCGGGACUCUCCCCACUGGAGUCGCCCAUCUCGCCCUACAGUCCUGCAGCGCCAUACUCUCCCAGCCAGUACCUUGCAUCGCAGCGCGGUCCGCCGACCAAUCAGCAGUUCUACGAGAUGCGAGACAACGGCCGACCAAUCUCGAUGCAGUCGUACGCCACCGGCGACAGCGACCCGGGACCGCAAGGUCGACGUCAGAUGGCUGGCUACCCCAAUGAACUGCAGAGACAGGGCUCCGCUUCGAGCUUGAGCUCUGGGCUUGACAUCAUGGCAGCGCAGAACCAGCAAGGAUACCAUCCUUCUCGCCUCUACCACCCUUCACAAGCCGGCUCCUUCGACUCGUUCCGCUCAGGCGGCGGGCACAAUGGCGAGAACUCGCUUGAUCACCAGCUCGUCUCCAAUAUGGAAGCCAUGACUGCAGCAGAGCGACAGUCGGGCAGCAUGUCCCCCGGUCCCAUUCACCUCAUUGGCGGGCGCCCCUCGAUCAGCCGGCAGAGCGGCAAGAGCCGUAGCAGAGCGUCUUCCAUACAUCGAGCAGGCUCGGCCUCUCCUUUGCACCAUACAAUGGCCCCUCGCUUCCAUCCCUACGGCCUCCCAGGUCCGCCACCGCCGCAGUCCUCCCAUUCGCAGUCGUCGUCGCAUUCGCACUUCUCUGGUGGUAUUCACCUCCCGUCUCUGCAGCAGAGUCUGGAAGAGGAGCGUCGUCGCAGUGGAGCUUCAUCCGCUAAUCGUCCAGGACAGCAGGGCGUCGCAGGUCGACGCUCAUCGCAAAGUCAGACGAGGCCCACAGCUAGCCGAGGAAGCGCUUGGAGCAGUGGGGGUGGCGAGCCAGGGGUAGGUACAGGUGGCGGCGGAGCAAGCAUGGGCGUCGCGUAUGGCUACUCCAAUUCGCCCGCAGCGGCCUCGGUCAACCUGCACUACGCUGGCGAGCGCGAGCGCGGCAUAAAUCCAAUGUGGGGCGGUGGCGGACACGGAGCAGACACCAGCUCCUCACCAGCCGGCUACGGCCAGCAGGCGCGUCUACCUCCAAUCAGUUCGCUGAUGAGCGCAGCGGAGAGCAGCGAGGACAAUGAAACAGUCGGGCAGCCAGACAGUGAAAUGAGCGUCUACUCGUAUCAGCCGACGCAGCAGCAGGUGCCGCCGCCCCACCGUCGCUAAGGAGCGGCAACAUCCUCUCGUGCCUACGCUCAUCGCUUCUCCCUCGACGCAAACCUUCUCUCCCAUCAUCAACAGAUACCCGCGCGACCUUGGUUGUGCAUCACGUCACUUCGCGUUGCGUGCGUCCCUCCUACUCCCCCCCUCUCUCACCAGUCCCCUCUCAG